AAGAAGUACAACUCGUUUCCUUCGGUCUCUUUUCUACUUGCAAUUCCUUGAGCAAUAGUUGCAGCGUUGAGAAAGGUUUAAAGGAAGAUGGCUUAUAAUUUUCCGGGUGUACCAGCGGCCGCUAUGCCACCAAUGGGUAUAGGACCAAUGGGGCCUCUUGCUCCAAUUGCAGGCCCACAAAGUUUCAUGGAAUUAGCGGGCCAAGGAUUUCCUCCUAUACCUCCACCGAUACCACUGCCUGGAAUGAACGACUCUCCAUUAGAAUUUAGUACAAAUAAAAAUCAACCACCAGUAGUUAGAGAAACUUCUGAGGAUAGCAGCGAUAAGAGAAAUGAGAAAAGUGACAUUCGACGAGAAAGAGAAAACAGAGAUAAUAGAGAUAAUCGAGACAAUAGAAGAUCCAGAAGUGAUCGGAGUGAUCGAAGGGAGCGAGACAGAGAAAGGAGAGAAGAUAGAAAUGAGAGAGAUAGAAGAGAGGAACGAAGAUCGGAUGAUCGAAACAGUAUAAAUUCUAGCAGUAACAAUAAUAAUCAUAAUAACAAUUCGAAUAGCAAUGAAAUUUCAUCAUCAAAUACUGGUAAUACCACAAAUUUGGGAACGCAAAUGGAACAGACGACAGGAGUUUGGGGUAUGGGUGUAGGAUAUCCAGUGAUGGGAAUGGGUCCAAUGGGACCAAUGGGACCUAUGAUGAGUGAAAUGACACUUGGACCGCAUAUGGGGCAUACGCAUAGCUAUGGACCCAUGAGUAUGGGAAUGAUGUCACAUGACGGUAGUAUGAUAGGUGCACAAAUAUUAGGACCCGAACAAAUAAUGAACGACGCUGCCCAAAUUAUGAGUGGUGCUUUACCUCCUCCACCAACGACACCGCAAGGUACCAAAGAAAUUAUACAUUGUAAAAGUUGUACACUGUUCCCACCAAAUCCAAACGCUCCACCGCCAACAACCCGCGAGCGGCCUCCAGGAUGCAGAACAAUUUUUGUUGGAGGUUUGCCGGAGAAUAUCACAGAAACAAUUAUUCAAGAAAUAUUCGAAAGGUGUGGAGAGAUAACCACUCUGCGACUCUCUAAAAAAAACUUUUGUCAUAUACGUUUUGUACUGGAAAGUAGUGUUGAUGCGGCGAUUUAUUUAUCUGGAUACAGAGUUAGAAUAGGAUCUAGUGGCGACCCUGCAAACACAGGCAGGCUUCAUGUGGAUUUUGCUCAGGCUAGAGAUGAUCAAUACGAGUGGGAGUGUAGACAACGUCAACUACAAAGAGAACAACGUCACAGGGAAAGAGUUGAAAAAGAAAGGCAAAGGGCGCCCUCUAGUCCUCCUCCAGUAGUGCAUUACACAGACCACGAAGCAUCGAAUAUUUGCGAGAAAAUUAAGCAGGACGAUACGUUUAUGAAAGCAGUGCAAAAAACGCGUUCUGUCACGUUACAAAACAAGCGCAUUAAAUCAUUCCAGGUUGUCGUAACAUGGCUGGAGCGUGGAGACUGUACCAAACGCAACGCAAAUACCUUUUACUCAAUGAUCCAGUCAACGAAUUCUCACGUUCGAAGAUUACUCACAGAAAAAGUCGCAUACGAAGAGGAACUUCAGAAAGCGAAGGAACUCAUGAAAGGAAGGAUGCAAGGGCUCUUAAUACAAUUCAGUCAGAUUGAACGCGUCUUUACUGCGGCCAGCCACAAGAAGGUCUGGGAUCACUUCACAAAGGCUCAACGGAAAAACAUCGAAAUGUGGAAGAAACAAUCCUCGGAAAUUAAAGCGGUACAGCUGGAAGAAUCUUUAAUGGAAGGUGAAGGAGAGAUGGAAGUUUCGGAUUCAGAAGAGGAACCGCAACGGAAAAAGACGCGCAAUCAGUCCGAUGCACACGAUGAUGUCGAAAGAUUGCAAAUAUUGAAGGAAGAGAACGAUAGUCUUCGGUGUCAAUUGGAGGCAUAUAAAAACGAAGUAGAUCUGCUGAAAUCUGAAACGAAAAGUGAAAUAGAUGCAAAGGAUAAGCAGAUGAAGAUGUUACAACAAACUCUGAAAGGGAUGCAGGAACAGUUAAUGCAGUCGAGGAAACAACAAGCGCAAGAUGAUCAGAAAAUCAAAGAUUUAACGGUGAAAUUGAACGCUACGAAAAAAGAAGAACCUCGUGAAAGCGAGAUCAUAACGUUGGAUAAAGAUGAUGACGUCAAUGAGGAACCUCGAACUCCGAAGCAAUUAGUUUUAACGUCUAGCUUCGUACAAAUCACCCAGAAAGAUGCCAAACUAAUAGGAUUAAUAGCAACCUUUUUACAUAUUCACCCGUUUGGUGCGAGUGUAGAUUAUUUAUGGUCCUAUUUGCAAAAAAUGGAGCCAGGUAUCAAACCAAACGAAGUGGAAGCACUGAUGCAACGCUUUCCUCAAGUCUUUAAACAAGACUUGUUCGGAAUCGGGGCGAACAUGGAAAGACGUUGGCAAUUUUCAGGUUUCAAUGUUUAUCGUAAUCAUUAAUUCGAUGAUGAUCCUUGAAGAAGUUAACAAGAUUUUUUAAUAACAUCAUGUUACGUCUCGUGUCAUAUUGGUUUUUAUUGUGAUACUUACAAUUCUUGUAGCGAAUCUAUGUACUUCGUAAUUUUAAGCAAAACACUUGUAAAUAAAAUUGAGCAAUUUAAAAGAUUUUGAAACAAGAUGAAUGUAUUCUUGUUUGGAAGCUUCAAAGCAA